GUUUAUGCGAUGUGGCAGACGAAAAUCCGACGAUCCCAGUAAAACGCCGCCGGGGGACGGCGGAAAUGGAAGGGAAAUACAUCAUCAACAUGCCCAAGGGCACAACGCCGAGGACAAAGAAAAUCCUGGAGCAGCAAGCAGCCAAAGGUCUGCAGAGGACGUCCGUCUCCGCCCGGCGGGGAGCCGAGGCGAAAGCAGACACGACCGCAGGAGGGAAGCCCACGGGGGUCUUCAGCAGACUGGGUGACGCCUUGGGGACCGAUGGGGACAAAGCCACCGAGAGCGACGACGACUGCUCUGUCCUCCAGUACGCCGGCGUCCUCAAAAAACUCGCCAAACCUCCCCGUAAGGAAGGCGCUGAGCCGGGAGGGACCAUCAAGGCGAAAGCCACCAGUUCGGAAGCCAAACUGAGGAAUCCCGCCGCUAUCCGUGUGAAACCGCAACCGGCAGCAUCCAAAAUGGGCGCCAUCGGUAUUGCGGCGGUGCCGGUGGAAGCCCGGGACGGUGACGUCACCAGCACGAAGGAUAAAAACGAACCGGAAUUUCGGGUGACGAUCAAAAGGACCUGGGGGUGCGGGAAGGUGAGCAGCACCAGCGAGACCCCCGGUGCUCAGAUGGACAGCGCCGGCACCGUCAGCGUCUUCAAACGGCUGGGGAAGAAACCGGAUUGA